CUCUCGCUCUCUCUCUCUUCUCUGUUGGGAAGCUGGUAGUAGACGCUAGUCGGAGGAGCCUCUAGAGUCAGUGAAUCACCUCAUAAGCCCGGGCAGAGCGGCAGUCACUCUGCGGAGAGGACACCCAGCUGCCAAGUCAAAGACAGUUUUACGCACGCUGGAGCUACCUGACAGCGCAAAUGUCGGCAUCCUGAGAAAAGGAGAUCCAGCACAAACUUUCCCCUAAAUUUUCCCGGAAUAUUUUGGCUUGAUUGUUUAUAAUACAUUUUGAAAUUGUGAGUUAAAAGCCACGGCACGUGUGCCCAGCAGAAUGAAGGGAUUUACACCUUUCUGUGAUAUGAUUAUUCUUGCGCUACUUGUCGCCACUGUGUCAGCGACCAAGUUAAAUGUACCGCGACUGAGGCUAUCAUACAAAGACCUGAUCUCCACCAACCGCUCAUCUAUCUUCAGCGGCCAUCUUGAUCAGCUCUCUCUUAGCGCCGUCUUCCUGGAUGAGUACCGUGACCGUCUCUUCCUGGGAGGCAAAGAUGUGCUGUACUCUCUCCUGCUGGGACCUGCCAGCAGCGAGUCCAAAGAGAUCUACUGGCCCCCCUUACCUGGCAACAGAGAGGACUGCAUUCAAACGGGAAAGGACCCACAAACAGAGUGUGCCAACUUUGUUCGCCUUCUGCAGCCCUACAACCGCACCCACCUCCUGGCCUGUGGCACCGGUGCUUUCCAGCCCAUGUGUGCCUUCAUCAAUGUGGGGCACAGAGGAGAGCAUGUGUUCAUGAUGGACCCUACAAAUGUGGAGAACGGACGAGGGAAGGUUCCACAUGACCCCGAUCUCCCCUUUGCUAGCACCUUCAGUGGUGGGGAGUUGUACACAGGACUGACGGCUGAUUUUCUGGGUAGAGACUCUGUGAUUUUCAGGAGUAUGGGAGGUCGUUCCACGAUGAGGACAGAGACUGACCAGAAACUGCUUCAUGACCCUAAGUUCAUCGCUGCCCACCUCAUCCCAGACAACAAUGACAGAGACAACGACAAAGUGUAUUUCUUCUUCACCGAGAAAGCCACAGAAGCAGGCGACAGGGAAGGGGCCAUACACACACGUGUUGGACGAGUGUGUGCGAAUGACGUUGGAGGCCAAAGAGUUCUGGUGAACAAAUGGAGUACCUUCAUCAAAGCCAGACUGGUCUGCUCCGUACCAGGACCUCAUGGCAUUGACACACACUUCAACCAGUUGGAGGAUGUUUUCCUGCUGAGGACCAAGGAUGAAAGGAAUCCAGAUGUCUAUGCAAUCUUCAGCACUAUUAGUAAUGUGUUCCAGGGGUUUGCCGUGUGUGUUUAUCGUAUGGCUGACAUCAGAGAAGCCUUCAAUGGACCCUUUGCUCAUAAAGAGGGUCCUGACUACCAAUGGGGAGUCUACGAAGGCAGGGUCCCAUAUCCAAGACCAGGCGUGUGCCCUAGUAAAAUCACCAACCAACCAGGCAGAGAGUUUGGAAGCACGAAGGACUUCCCUGAUUCAGUGCUGCAGUUUGCGCGCAACCACCCGUUGAUGUGGCGACCAGUUUAUCCCGCCCUACGUCAACCUGUUCUUGUAAAGGCCAACACUCCUUACAAGUUGAAACAAAUAGUGGUGGACCGGGUCGAUGCAGAGGAUGGGAAAUAUGACGUCAUGUUCAUCGGCACAGAUGUUGGUACAGUAUUGAAGGUCAUUGCUCUGCACAGUGGAAACAGCUUGGAGACAGAGGAGGUCAUACUGGAGGAGCUACAAGUCUUUAAAGUGCCAAGUCCAAUUACAUCAAUGGAAAUAUCUGUGAAAAGGCAAGCCCUGUACGUUGGCUCUCCAGCAGGUGUGGCGCAGGUGAAGCUGCAUCGUUGUGAGACUUAUGGGAAAGCCUGUGCUGAGUGCUGCCUGGCCAGAGACCCUUACUGUGCCUGGGACGGAUCACUGUGCACACGGUUCGUGCCCAACAGCAAACGCCGCUUUCGCAGACAGGACAUCAGGCAUGGAAACCCUGUGCUGCAGUGUAUGGAUCAGAAUCUGAACGAGGAGCUCGAUGUGACAGAACACAGGGUGGUGUAUGCGACAGAGAACAACAGCACUUUCCUGGAGUGUGUUCCUCGCUCUCCACAAGCUACUGUCACCUGGUUCGUCCAACGUGACGAUCGCAAGGAAGAGGUGAAGCUGGAUGAUCGUGUGAUGUCUACAGAGCAGGGACUCCUGUUUCGUCUUCUUUUCCGUCAGGACGAAGGCGUGUACAUCUGCCGCUCCCGAGAGCACGGUUUCACACAGACCUUGGCCCGUCUCACCCUCGAAGUCCUCCAGGGGGAGACUGUGGAUGAGCUCAUGGCACGUGACAAUGCCGGCCUCUCUGACUCGUUCAAAGACCGGUCUACAGGCAGCUACAGGGCUUGGAUGCCUUGUAACGCUUACAACAGGGCCGGUGCAUCAAGCCAAAUCGGCCAGUCACGUACAUGGUUCAAGGAUAUCAUGCAGCUGAUUGGGCCAUCGAAUCUGCCGCAUGUGGAGGAGUACUGCGAGAGGAUGUGGUGCAACGACAAGCUGAGGAGGAAACACAAGAGCAUGCUGGAGAAAUACCGCCAGGCACAGGAGAGUGCCAGGAAGGCUCGCAGCAAGAGCUCUGGGGAACGUAACCGUACGCCAAGGGAUCUCAGCACAUGGGAGUAAUGGAGAGAGGGUAAAUGGAGGAAAAGAAAGAGAAGAUGAAAUAAGAAAAAGGGACAAAGAUUACAGCAUAGGACAAGAUGGACUGGCCAGCAAAAAGGAUCCAAACCAGCAUCCACUCCUAAUAGACAAAGCUUUGAUACUUGGAAUUGCAAGAAAGAAAUAGAUCUUAGCUGAACCUAACAGAAUCGAUUUAAUAUAUUUAGUGUACAUGUAGGUUAGGUGUUAGGAGUUGGUUCUGGGUACGGCUCAAAACAGGCAGGAGUUUUUGGUUGUCUGGAAAGAGACAAAGACAAAAGAGACUGCUACUGAACUGAACGGGUUGUUGCUGAUGUAAUGAUGUUGAAUAAAGAAGAGUCAAGAGACAAUUUUUCAAAUCCACUCUGAGGAUGGAGACAAACCACUUCUCUCCCUCUCACACUUAAGCUCUUGUAUACUUUAACCUUACUGAAAUGACAAACUGCUGCUUUCAUUCAUCAGCUUAUAUAAAACCUUCAAAACUCCACAAACCUCUGAUAUAAAACGUAUACAUGCUUGUGGACUGACAGUCUCAUGGACUUUUGGAGCAACAAAUUAUGUUGGCUAAAUGGCAAAAUGGGGCUUCAAAAGAGAAGAACAUCACUUUUAUUUGCAUCUUCAAAAUAGCAAGGGUCAUUUUUCACCAACUUUGGCACAGUCACAUGCAAUGUCAUCACUGGAUUCACCACUUCUCAUUUAAGAGUCCAUGUUUCUUGCCAUGCUUCGCACUCAGCUUAUUUUGAGAUAUUCAGCUAAUAUACACAGGACACUUACUGAAUAUGAUCAGUGUAUAUGAAAACACACGCACACAAUUACAUAAAAUGAAAUCCUCACCAAUCGCACUGAACACAUAAGCACGGCUAGCUCAAACUGGAAGCAACCAUUAGACGACUGUUGAUGGUUCAACAGAUUAAAGGCACAUCGGUUUGUUUUUACUGCUGUGGAUUGAACGUUCCAUUUAACACCAGCUACACAUCAAACUUCCCCCCUCACUGACCCUUGAUAAGAGCAUAUUUCACAGGGGCUUGUUUUUCUGUUUUUGGGUACACAACCCUAAACCCUCUGGGAAUGUACCUAAAAACCACGGUCAAUCUCCAGUGUUUGCCCUCCUUGCAUCUUUAUGCAUCUCAACUCAAUUAAAGACCAAUCUAGCAAGUAGUCUUGCAACUAAUAAUUUUCAAAUUGUCGCUUUCUCAUUUUUAUUACUUGAUUCAUUUAAAACAGUGAAGCAUCAUAAUCUACCACAUCCCAAGAUGACAUUGUCAUUAAGCUAUUCUUCUUUCCAGGCAACAGUCAAAAGCCAGCCAUUAAAGGAGAAAUUACAUAACCUGACUUCUCUGCAGCAAACUCACCUCACACGUUAAUCACACACUAAACUCAUUUUCCCACAGUUCCGCUGUGUGCUGCGGCUCUCUAGUGACAAUAGAGGGAACAAUAGAAGGGGUCAGUUGUCAUGGCUGAGUCCUCUAUUGCUUUCUGCUUUGUAAACACUGGUUUUAAGACAGUUCAUGGUUUGAACAUGUGAUAACCCACAUUGUAAUUUGUCUUUCAUUUGUUGUUAAGAUAUAACUUUUACGGUUAAGGAAAACAAAAGUUUUCCUACCACAGGUAACAAGUGGAGAAGGAAAUAAAGUGUUGAGUUAUUUAAUAAAAUGAAGCAGAGUAGAUAAAGAAAAGACUGGUCUUGUGAGAAUCGUGACAAAGUCAAGUUUGGCUUCAGAUGCAGAAAACAAGAGUGGAGGUCAGGAGAGACAGGAGGCAGACAAGGAUGCCAAGCUUGGAUGGGAACAAUCAUAAACUGAAGAGGAAAGAUAAUGUGAAUACAACUGUGCAGACUGAUCUUCUGACUGAAAUAACCUUUAAGAGUUGAUUUCAACUGUCUCACGUAGAAUAUAUUAAUGAGGGCUUUGAAGUUGCAUCACAAGUCUAGUAGUCUCUGCAACUCCAUGUGUGCAAAUUAUGGAUCCAUUUAGUACUUCCGAUAAACAAUGGAAAAGAUGUUCCUAUAAUGUGGUGCCAGAUUAAAUAUUUGAUAUUUGUUUAAUCUUACAUCUUUAAUCUUUGUCUCCCUACAAGUAUGUGUACGUAAGAAAUCCAAGCUGAUAUUAUCUACAUUUUCACUGCAUUUAUGUUGGCAGUCAAGUGGUGAAGCAAUCAGUUUCCAAUUAUGAAUUGUACAAACUUUGGCCAUGUUUAUUGGAUUAAUUUAAAGACAGCUACAAACAUUUUGGACCACAAUCAGCUGUUCACAAAUAGCUUGUUGUUGCCAAAGAACUAAGGACCUUCAGUAUGUCUGCCAGAGGUUGAAAUCCCUAUAAUCUGUGUACAUAUGGAAAACAGUAUCUAUUCUGGGAGUCCCCUCCUCUUGUUUCAAAAUAGUCAGGAAGCAACACUAACGCUAGUGAACUUGGUGACCUUUUUGUAACCUUCAUGGCGUGUGAAUGGCUUGGAAAAAUGAAAAGAAAGGAGGACUGAAGGGAGAAGAAAUGUGAGUAGGAUUAAAAAUAAGGUACUGUAAGGAUCUUGUGAAGGCUGCCAUUUAUAAAAAUUCAUUUCAAAAGGUGACAUGAUAUUCCUACAGUUUGUACAGCACACUUAAGGACACAUUUUAGUUUAGCAAAGUUUAUUUAGUUUGGGUUAGGGGUUAGUUUGAGGAUUAUGGGGCUGGCAAUUGGACUUCACUUAUAGAGUUUUGUCUAAAAAUAUUGCUUUUAAUGUAUAUCUUAACAUAAAGAAAAUGAGAGAGUUACAGGAAAAGGGUAUGUACAACACAAAGAGACAAGUAAUUUGCGGGGUAAAAUAGAGGUAAAACAUAAUUUAACUUAAAAAAAAAUAACCUGCCGUCCCUUUUCUCUGUAACAAAUUUAGAUUUUAAUUUUGUCAUAAUUUUAUGUCAACAACUAUACAUGUGCUUGGUCUGGUCUGUGACGAUAAUAAAAAAAGUAAAUUACUGUCAUCAGAAAAUUUAAAACUGUGUUUGAGGUGUAACUUUUGUGACUGAUUGUAAAUUUAGUGUGUUAAAAAUAUAGGUUUUCAUUUCAUAGUAACAGGUGCCAAAAUAAAAUCUGACACUUUUUUGAGACUUAGAAUGACACAAUGUCAUACUUCAGGAUAUUAGUAAUUUCUUCAUUUUUGCAGAUAUUGAUUAAAUGUUGGUUAUUUGUGCAUGUUCAAAACACACAUUGCUACAUUGCAGUUCAUUUAUUCUACAGUUGGACAAAGUGUGUUGUGGUAUUGCAUCUUACAUUUAUAUUUUUUACCUUUCUCCUAAACUGUCGAAUCUCUAUAGCUUGUUUAGUGCAGUUUGUGCAGAAGAUUUUUAACCUAUAUAAAAAUCAACUUUAACAGCAUUUAUCCUGCCUUAAUGUUUAAUUGUAGUAUUUUGUGGAGAAACACUCAAACAUUCAUCAAUUUAUUGUGAUAACAUUUGUAAAACUAGGGCAGGGUUUCACUCUAGACGCACUUCACCAGGUGAUCUCACUGAUUAGUUGCUUCUCCUGAUUGCAGGUGCACUAAUUAAUGAGCACCUGCACAUGUUCAGCUAGCAAAUUAAGCAGACCAGAGGAGCGCUCAGAAAAAGAAAAACUGCAUUAAACACAGAAGACAAUUGAGCUGCUCAGGGCUGUAAUAUCCCUGAACAUGGUCAUCUACUACAUCAGUAGUCCAUAGAAAGACACCAUAGCUGUCAUAGCCAUUUGGCAUGUGAAAGGCUCAAAAAGCCUGAUUUCCCUGCAGAAAACAAUUCUCACUGAACAAAACAGGCCACAUCACUCAUUGAAGAUUUUAUACUGUAAAAUAUGGAGACACUUGGUUUGAAAAUGAACAUUAACUUGAUGAACUGUCACUUGAUUGUGCUGUAAAAUUGUGCUGGUUUUGGGGUCUCUAACAGAGCCUAAUUUAAAUGCAUAUUUAUGUUUUAUUUAAGUGUCUUUCUACUAUGCAUGCUAUGCACUUGUAUGCUAUUUAACAGCAUUAAAAGUUGAUUUUCUAACAUAAAGGAAGUGACCCCUGACUGGGUGUUUAAAUAAAAGUUUUGAGGGAA